UCUGUUUAUUUACUCGUUUUUAUUUACUCGCGAUUAUUCAUGUAUUUAUGUGUAUCACGUCGAACCUAACCUAAUCGUGGCGGUCAAACUUGAUGUUAUCUAACUUCUGGAUUAUUAAGUGCCAUUUUGACAUGAGCAUUAACAAUCUGUUCACGAGCCUGUUAUGUUUCGGACGACAAUGCACGAAAUCUUCUGCUGUAGUAAGGUGCUACGCUUCUGUUGCUGCAAAUCCAGUAGACAAAGACAAUAUAAAACCAAAAACUGGUAUAUUAAUGUUAAAUAUGGGUGGCCCUACCAAUACCGAUCAAGUCCAUGAAUAUUUAUUAAGAAUAAUGACUGAUCGUGAUAUGAUUCAACUUCCAGUUCAAAGUAAAUUAGGUCCUUGGAUAGCCAAACGUCGUACUCCAGAAGUACAGAAAAAGUAUUCUGAGAUUGGUGGCGGAUCGCCAAUACUACGAUGGACGAAUAAACAGGGCGAACUUUUAUGCAAAAAACUGGAUAAAAUUUCGCCUGAAACUGCACCUCAUAAGUAUUAUGUUGCCUUUCGAUACGCAGAUCCUCUCACAGAAGAUACCCUUGAGAGGAUACACAACGAUGGAGUACAACAUACUGUACUUUUUUCUCAAUAUCCUCAAUAUAGUUGUUCAACUUCAGGUUCCAGUUUUAAUGCUAUAUACAAUUAUUACAAAACUAGAGAGUCACCAAAUGGCAUGAAAUGGAGCAUAAUCGAUAGAUGGGCUACGCAUCCACUUCUUGUAAAAACAUUUGUCGAAAGAAUUAAAGAGGAACUUGCACAAUUUCCUAGCGAAAAAAGAGACGAUGUGAUAAUUUUAUUUUCAGCUCAUUCUUUACCAUUACAGGUUGUAAACAGAGGAGAUUCUUAUCCCGCAGAAGUUGGAGCCACAGUUGCAUUAGUAAUGCAGGAAUUAAAUUACUGUAAUCCAUACAGCUUGGUAUGGCAAUCAAAGGUUGGACCUACAUCGUGGCUAGGACCUUUUACCGAUGAAGCGUUAAAGGGUUACGUUAAACAGGGCAAGAAAAGUUUUAUUUUGGUACCAAUUGCAUUUGUAAAUGAGCAUAUUGAAACUCUUCACGAAUUGGAUAUAGAAUAUUGCCGAGAACUUGCCGAAGAACUUGGUAUUGAGACGAUACGAAGAGCUGCUGCACCGAAUGAUCAUCCUAUUUUCAUCGACGCUUUGACGGAUAUUGUUGUGUCUCGUCUUAGAUCAAAACAAUCUGUAAAUCCUAAAUUUUUAAUACGGUGUCCUCAUUGUGUAAAUUUAAAUUGUGAUGCUAGCAAAAAAUGGUAUGCUAAAAUCUGUAAAAAUUAAUAUUUGCAAUUACGCGC